AUGGAUUUUAAACUGCUUCUCCAAGAGUUUAAAGUUUCUGAGGAUCUCGAUGUGGACAAGUUGAGCAGGCUAGUUUCGAGGGAACUAGGGAUUCGUCUUAUUAACAGUUCUACCUCCAUGCUAACCAGUGGUAUUAUUCCAGGUAGUUUCAAAGACACCAAGGACCGCGGUAAUAAUCAUUACAUAUUGGCAAUUGACUUUGGAGGCACAACGUGUAAGAGUGCCAUAAUUUCUAGACAUGAGUUUAAGAUAGUUGACGUUCAUACGUUCGACGUACCGUUUCGUGUUCUUGAUACAUUCUUCUUCGACACUAUCAUUCAGUCAGUCUGUGGAUGGGUAUAUGAGUAUACUGGAGACCGGUUGUUUCACUUCCAAGUUGGUAUUACGUUCAGUUUCCCGCUUAAUAGCAGGAAUGAGAUCACUACUAUGGGCAAAGGGUUCACUAUGACUGAAGAGGUUUGUAAUAUUAGUGUACAAACGCUUAUACAACGAAGUUUUUGCCACGUAUUGGCACGUAACAAGAAAUAUGGUUUCAAAGUAUCUCUAUGUGGCGUGAUCAACGAUUCAGUUGCUGUUUUCUUGACUAACAAGGUCAUAUAUGGCAAUAAUGAUACGGUAAUGAUAUUGGGCACUGGACUUAAUUUUUGUUUCACUCUACCUUAUGAAAUGAUUCCCAAGUCUAAGCUUCCCGUGAAUUACCGAAAAGGUGACUGGGUAUUAAUCAACAGUGAGGCUGGAUUUCUUGGGAGCGGUUAUUUGCCGUUGGGAAGAUUUGACCAGCAUCAUACGGAAAAAUCCGCACCGUAUAUGCCUUUAGAGUAUUUGGCCUCAGGUAAAUGGAUUCCAAAGUCACUAGAGAAUGCCCUAUGCUCUUCCGGAAAACUUCCUAGCAAAAAUAUUGUGUUCAAUGGCGAACUAAUUUGCGAUAUCUUGGACGCUAUUAAUCGUGAUUUGUUCGGAGCAGAUUUUGAAAUGAUUCAAGAAAUUACCAGGCUUCUAAUUGAUAGAGCGGCUAUAUAUAUCUAUGCCGUUAUAAAAGGAAUUUACAGAUUUCGUGAUGGACAUGACAUCGAAAAACCUAUUGUUAUAGGCUUUACCGGUUCUUUUCUUCAUUACUGUAAGUAUUACUACAAAAAACUACUGGAGGUAUCAGGAGGCAUGGUAAGAUAUAACUUCCUUCCAGACAGCAAUUUACUUGGGGCAGCAAUCCACACCGUCUACUACCCCCAAGAAUACCAGACAUAA